GAGACAAACUAACAUAGGAGGCACACAAAGAAUCCACUUGCUGCAUACUCCGGAAACUACUAGGAGAAUUUCUGUAGAGAGUAUUCUACGUAAAUAUUUUAAGGACUUAAGGACUAUGUUUUAUAAAGAUAUCUAACUAUAUGCUGUAUUAGACCUUUGGACUGCAGUGAACCAAGUAAUUGUACACUUCGCAGUUAGUAUAAUUUACUAAACUGUAGUCUUGUAGAGAAAAACAGGAAAAAAGAGCCACGGACUGAACGGCAGAACAAUUAAAAUUAUCCUGUGGCAGGACGGCUUCGGCAGCUUGGGAACCAGGGAAGAGACACAUAAUGGACAAGUUCUUCAAACCCCUCCACGGACCUUCUUCAGAUCAGACUAAAAAACAGAGGAACCACUACCAUCAUCAUCAUAACCAAGACACUCGUUCACAGAGGUAUACAGAGCUUGAUGACGAUGACAGAAAUACAGAUGAUAGCAGAGGGCACCCUCGCCGCCACCAGCACAGUGAAUAUCUCUUUAACAGCCCCCAUCAUGAUGCCCAGUAUUUGUACCACCAAGAUACUGAGAAACGUUACAACCACCACACUUCUGUAACCCUCUCCAGGGCCUCUUCCUCUUCCCUCUCCUCCACCUCAUCCUCCUCUUCCACUUCUUGGUUCACAAAGGAAAGUGCCAAUGAUCCCUUCUCCCUUGAGCAUGCCGGUCUGCAGCAGCAUUCCCUGUCCUGCUCCAAUAUCUCAGAUGUGCACACAGCUUUCAGGGAGGACGACAGCAGCGAGCCAAUUGUUUUUGCCACUGUCAAGCACAGCAAAAAGGGCAAUGUUGUGAGCAGGCUGCAUGAUGGCUCACACCAAAGCAGAAAGAAUGAUUUGUACGACCUUAACAGAGGUCACAGUCGAAGUGAAGAAGGGUUGCUAAAGUGCAAUGAAAGUGAUGGCGGUAAAAGACGCUCCAAAGUGUCAAAAAUCAACCACGGGUCCUUGUAUAAGACAACUAGUCUGAACCGAAGCUUGGCUUUCAGUGAGGAGGACAUUGUUUUAGGGGUCCCCAGGGGUCCUAAGAGGGCAGUCUCCUCAAGCCAGCUACCUAGCAAAGGCAUACUCAAAAACAAGGAGAAUAACAAUGACAUUCGCAAGGCUAAGUCAAUGGAGGUACUUUCUCCAAGAGUCAACACGGGAGAAGGUCAAAGUGGGCAGACGGGGAAAGGAAUCACUCAAGCUGAGAUAGAGCAAGCCCAGGCAAACUUUGUGCACGGAAAGUUGCAGUUUUCAGCUUUUCUAGAUGAGAUCACAAAACAGGUCAUGAGUCCAUCCCAACUUUCCAUCUUUGGUGUGAGCCCCAAUAAAACUACUGAGAAGAUGCCUGCCCCAGUCCCGAAACCUGAGCUAGUCAAGCCUGAGCUUCCACCCAAGAAGCACAGAGGUUGGAAACAGAGUGACACGGAUCUGCCAGUGAAGCCGCCCAGCAGACAGGUGAAACCGACCAUUGACUCUCGAAAACAUUCAGACUGCUCCGAUUCAGAGAAGCUGACAACAUAUGCAGCUAGGAAGCACCCCGGUAGCCCCCCGCCUCGUCACUACACACCAUCUGCCAGCCACGAACGUAAAGACAGGAGGCCCUCUCCCACUGGAGACUCCAUGUCAGGGGACAGAUAUGGCAGAUAUGGCCCUCAUACAGAUGGAACCAGUACUAGUCCUGAACCAACCCAACCCAAGCAGCGCCACCAGCACAGACACCAUCCCAGCAACUUACAAAACCAAAACCCACAGAUCCAACACUUUCCUUUGCAGAUGCACCAUGAGGCAGAGCACAGAGGGCUGAGCAACUCCCCUCCAUCCUUAUCCCAGGCUGCAGCACAAGGGUUCGGCUCCGAGUCCUCGUCCACAAAAUCCGACUCAUCCAGGUGCCAAGACACAGCCUCCACGGCUACCAGUCACAGCUCAGAGCAGAGCAGCCGACACCAGCCACAGCACAUGGGAACCUCUAAACAGCACCGGAAGAUGCUCUGCGAUCCAGACCACCUUCAGGCGUUGCAGGAGGAGAAUGCAGAUCUCCACCAGAACCUGCUGCAGACUGUGGUUUGCAUUGAGAGCCUGGAGGCAGAGCUGCAGAGGACUAGAGACGAGCUCGGUCAUGUUAAGGAGAAAUAUAAAAGCCUCCUGCAGACACAUACUGGGACAAAACAAGCAAAUAACCUGCUGGGAGAGCACCUUCACAAAGCGUCGGAGAGCCAAAGCAGUGAGAGAAAAUAUCUGCUGAAUCGAGUCUCCCAGCUGGGCUUGGAGCUGAAUGACGCCCACAGGACCAUCGCAGCCCUAGAGGACAUUAAUGUACCAGUUUUGGUAAAGGAACUCCUGAAGAAGUAUUUUGGUUCUGCUGAAGCUGUACAAAAGUUUCUCACAACCUCUUUUCCCACCAGCCAAUCCCAGCCGACAGACGGCCAGUCUAGUGAUCCUAAAGCAGAGGAAGCAGCCCAGGAAUGGCUGAGCGAGUCAGAGGCAGGUCCGCAGAGGGUCACGGCCUUCAUGCCGAUUAAACAAGCUCUUCCAUCAGCUAAAAACGAGGGUAGUCUUUCAAGCCAGCAUGAAUCCACUUACAGCUCCUCUUUCUCUCUGGCUGACAUCGGAGCUGCUUCCUAUAAAACCACAGCUCCUAGUUAUCCUGCCAGACCACAGCCUGUUUACCCACAAACCCAGCAGCAGUUACUGCAGAACACUGCCCACGCUGAGACCACUCCAGACCCCGAGCACCCCAACGCAGCGGGUGAUAGAUGGCAAGGAAGAGGAGGGUUAAAGUUGCUGCUCUUUGAGCAGGAUGCAGGAGAUGUGAACUCCAUGUUGGCCCAGCAGAUCCUGGAUGAUUUCAUGCAUCAUCUGCAGGCACACAAGGAAGCCGGAGGAGGGAAGGAGCAGCAGAGUGGACAGGAGUGGAUGAACGGAGUAGAACAGGCAGGGAAAAUGUCAGACUGAGAAUGCCAGCUAAGGAAAUCUGAAUUUACUAUUGCGGUGAACGUUCUUUAAGCUGCAGUGGCAAAAAAUUUCAGAAGAUAUAGAUUUAUUUAAUUAAUAUGUGUGUGUAGGUUAUAUGUAACUAAAUAAAGCUCUUAGUAUUAAGCUGUAACCUAAAAAACUGUAACAGUGAGAAGUUCAGAACAAAUUUAGCAAACAAGAGGAAGAUACCAGUAUGUUAUCAGAACGGUUACAUCAAUAAAAUAAACAGCAGACUACAUUGGACAUUAUUUUUUAGAUUUAUAAAAUGUGUUUAACAUGUUGUAAGUUGUAGUCCCUAAAACUGUACAGAAGGCAGUGUUAUACAUCUGUUACAUAAAAUAGAAAAUCCUCAUUGGGACUCAAAAUGUAGGAUUUUUAAAAGCCAAUUAAAUAUAUAUUUUGAAAAACAGUCAUGAUUUCGAUAUAAAUGGUUCUCUCUGUUUUGUUUGCUCAGCAGCUACAUUUGAUACUUAGUAUGAAUUAGCACCACCAAAGACAAAAACAUUUAAAGAUGGACACACCGAGAGCUGCAACGACAGGAAAGAACAAAAUCCAUUUUGAUGGGAAAGUUUAAAGGGAAGUCUUUCUGUUCAGUUCACUUCAGUUUUGCAACUUGAACUCUUUCUUAUGGAAGCGGAAAUAAUCAUUUGUGUUCAGGUUUGCACUGAUGAUUAAGGGAAAAAUAAACUUGCAACUUUUAACAGUAAAUUGGGAAAUUCAAAGAAAAUCUCUCUUAUACACUGAUCAAAAGUAUUUGGCCACACUUGAAAUUAUGAUGUUUUUUAGUACAAAUUGAUUAAUUUGUUGUUGGAUCCCUUUUUUCAGCUGUAAGAGCUUCCACUCUUCUUGGACAGUUUUUCGUGGAGUAUUUCUGUAAAGAUUGCGCAUGUAUAUAUUAUGUAGAAUAUUUAGGAGGUCAUACACUGAUGCUGGACGAAAAGGUCUGGCUCUCCUUGCAACCUCUGUUCCAGUUCACCCCAAAGCUGCUCGGUGGGUUUGAAGUCAGGACUCUGAUGUUCUGCCACACCAAAGUCAAAAUAUCUUUACAGUCCUUUGUGCACAGCAGAAGGGUGGUGUUGGAAUAAAAAAAUGCACUGUUCAAGUGUUGCAAUGAAAACGGUCUAAAAUAUCUUGGUAUGCUGAAGCAUUAAACUUCCCCAUUAUUGGAGAUAAGGGCCCUAAACCAAACCCUAAAUUUGUCCUCCUCCAAACCUAACAGUUGGCACAAUAAGUUCAGGUGUGUAAUGCUCUCCUGGCAACCACCAAACCCGAAAUAGAGAAGCGUGACUCGUCACUUCACAGAACAUGUGUCCACUGCUCCAUAAUCCAGUGUCAGCAUGAGUUUUACCACUCAUUCAAAUACUUAGCAGUGAUCCUAGUGACAUGAGGCCUAAACUAACUCCUCGGCCCACCUCAUGGCUGGGAUACUGUAUUCUGAAAUACUCAAUGUUUCACAUGACCAUGAAAUAUCCAGCAGGGACAAAAUUUCGAAGUCACCGAAUUUUUCACAAUGCACAAAUAGAUGGAGAUGGCAAGGCUGUCUGCUUGAUUUUAAACAUGUGGCAAAGGGUGUGCCUAAUUUCCCAAUAAACAGCCAAUUACUUUUUUCAAUGCAGUCUAUCUAGUUAGUUGUAGUGCUCUAUAAAUUCUGUCCUUUUGAUCCAACACUUUAUUAUGAGUUAACUGUGUGGGCAAAGACAUGUAUAAAUAUUAAUUAUGAAUUGGUGUAAAUGCUGUAAAGAAUGUUUUAUAUAUAUAUAUAUAUAUAUAUAUAUAUAUAUAUAUAUAUAUAUGAAACACUGGAGUCCUUUCUUGUUGAAAUUGCUUGGGGUAGAGACUCUUUGCUGAUGUAGAGUAAAAUGUGAGUGUGUGUAAUAUGAAUGGAUUUCCAUGCUGUAGAUUAAAUAAAGAACACAAAUAAAGUUAUUUUAGUUUUUAUCAUCUCAGAGUUUCACUAAAGUAUAUAAUUAAAUAUGCACAGAGAUCAACUUGUGUACCUACAUUAUUGUAUCCAAUAAAGAUGCUUGUGUAGAAUGACUCAAA